AUGUCGCUCAUUUUCCCCAAGCUCGAUGUAAUGGGCGGAACGCGUGAUUCUCGCAUCGCGCCUUCUCCGCCAUCCUGCGAUCAAGUCCUUCUUGAUCGGCCCUCUUGCGACCAGUCCCCUCUCGACCAGCCCUCUUUCAGCGCCUCAAUUCAGUGCCCGAAUCACGACAGCGGAUGCGUCUUGUCGCCUACCUUGCCACAGCUCAGGGCGGUCAUGGCUCUCUCGAGUGCCUCUAGACCACAGCACCACCGCCGCCAGGGCACAUCCGAGAACCUCGAGCCAGCAAUCGCUCGAAUCAUUCCCGGCACCCCCGGCAAAGAUGACGCCCAAAUGUGUCCAACUUUGGCAGCGCCCUCUGGGGUGCAGCCGGAGCUACCCAGUGCAGAUGCCCAACAGCCCGACGUCCCUCAUGUCACAGGGACCCUUCCAGGCAUGGCAAAGGAAGGGUUCGUGGGACUUCCUAGGUGGAAUUUCUCCCCAUCGAGGCCUUGUGCCGAUACGAUUUGUGCCGACGAGCCGGUGCAACCAGAGACAGAGCCGGAGUCGGACUCAGAAGCACAAGUACAAUGCGAGCAGUCGUAUGCCCAUCUCAUGGCUUUCCCACCGGCCGAUAUGGCGGAAGACAACCGCCGGUUCAGCGAGUACUGGAACUGCACGUUCACCGCUCCUAUUGUACAAGGCUUCGACUUCGCACAACUUGGAGAGUUCCAAUCUGCCUAUGCCGAGGACUGUCAACCCCUCAACCUCAAGAUGCAAGCAGAGCAGAAAAAGAUUGAUGUUCUCGUGCAGAAUGUGUGCUAUAAGCGUCAAAUUAUCCGCCAACUCCAAGCAGAGUAUCUGUCCGCGAGCAUGAAAAUGAGGCGGGGCAUGGGAGAAGAGCGGACCCCCGCAGAAGAAAGAUUCCUCUACCGUUUCGUAGCGGAAGAGAUGAGAGUGGAGAGCGACAUACGUGUGUUGGAGAGGGAGAUCAAGGCGAUCAUGCGCCAGGUCGCCAAAGAAAGAGAGGAGUCUCUUCUCUGUGAAUUUGAUCCUGCGGCUAGGUUGGCGACGAUUCGAGAGAAGGCAGCCGAAAAGAUUGCCGAGGAAGAGGACCUGGACUGGAUGAAGCUGAUGGUGGGUAGAAUGGUGGGCAAAAACCUGGAAGAACCAGAAUCCGGAAGACCUCUACGUCCGCACAGGGCCUAUAACCCCCGUUCUACCAAGUCCGCAACUGGCUGGAAUCCCAAUCCCUCGCUGGACUCGACCAUGCAGAAAAUCUCCGGCAACGGCCGUGAAGACGCCGUCGCGGUCCCCGAAUGGUUCAAAAUUCUCGAUUCAAGAGACAAGAUUGAGUUAUCCGCUCAAGGCCAAGUGGCCAGAUUCAAAGAGCUCUUAGCCCUUCUCACCAACAGCUCCCAGAAAAUCAGGGAGGGACAAGGACACGUGGUGCCGAAGAAGCCAUUCAACAAACAUUGGCAUGAACCUAAUGAAGGCUGGCCGUACAAGCACUGGCAGAAGCACGGGGGUUGGUGGAUAUGUCGGAAUGGGGAUAAUGCUUCUCUGGCGGAAAAUCAAUGCCAACCUUGCCGUCAGCGGAGGCAACAAGAUGAAGCCUCGGCGAAUAACAAGAGGAUCAACAAAACGAUGUCCCCGGCCGCCCAGUACGAUGGCAUCAUGGCCGAGAUCCAGAAAGCCAUGGACCCGGCAGCAGAGAUGGCUAAGGCGAUUGCUAUGGAACGGCUCAAGUCGGAGCGGGCCCUGGCAGACAAGCUAUUCUGCCGACCUGACGAGGAUGGUCGCGACAGCGGCCUUCACAUUCAAGACAUAGCUCCAUAA